AAAAAAACAAAGUCCAAAAAGUUUGUGCAGAGUCUGCAUCGGUGUCCCAGGGCUCCAGUGCAGAAAGCUUCAGUCCAGUCGGAAGAACGCGCUGUGUGUGCUGCGCAAACAUGGUACCUGUCCUCCACACCUUGGCGGUUAUACUGGCGUCUCUCUUUUUGCAAAGUGGUUCAUCGGCUCAUCUCAAUGACACCAUCUUCGCCGUGACUCUAAGUUCCCGGGUUAGAGGAGGGUCACAGGAAACGUUGUGUGCCCUUAUCCAGGGGCCCACGGAGCUCGUUGCAUUGAGUAUCACCCUGGACACGGACACUGGCAGCGCCGUCAUCCUGGAGAAGGCAGUCAAACAGGACUUUUAUCAGUGCCUGAACUUUCAGGUCCCGGCAGUGCGCACUAGUACUGUGGCAACCAUAAACGUCACUGUGAAAGGGGAGAGUGCCACCAUGAACAAAAAGACCAAAAUCCUCAUUGUGCCCCCGGCUUUCAUCCACAUUGUCCAGACUGAUAAACCCAUCUACAAACCUGGGCAGACCGUGCAGUUCCGAAUAGUUUCCAUGGAUUCCAGUUUCAUCCCUGUGGAGCGGCUGUACACAGUGGUGGACCUUCAGGACCCCAAUUCCAAUCGGAUUGCUCAGUGGUUGGAUAAAUUUGUUUCAGCGGGAAUCCUUGAUCUUUCCCAUCCCAUGAUUGAGGAGGCAACACAAGGAACCUACGUCAUUACCGCCACCACUGACAAAGGAGAGAAAAUCUCCCACAGCUUUGACAUCAAGGAAUAUGUUUUGCCCAAAUUUGAGGUAACUGUUCACCUCCCGAGUGUGAUUUCAAUCUUGGACCAGCAGGUUACGCUGAAGGUUUGUGGGAAAUACACUUACGGAAAGCCAGUUGUUGGUACAGUCAAGGCGGUGUUUUGUCGGAAUGCUGUUCGCUUUUACUGGCAUUUUGAAUCGAAGCCAAACAUCUGCAAGACAUAUAAACUGACAACCGAUCUUAGUGGCUGUGCUACAGAAACGGUGAGCAUGACAGAUUUUGCCCUCAACAAGAAUACUUAUGAAGAUAGUUUUGUGGUGGCUGCUGAACUGGAAGAGCAUGGCACAGGCGUGAUCCUGAAAGGCACAGGGCGGACACACUUCAGUGCUGUUAUCAGAACAGUCACUUUUGAAGAUGUACCUGAAGCGUACAAGCCUGGCAUCCCAUUUGAGGGAAAGAUCAAAAUGACUGGUCCGGACAAAAAACCCGUUGCCAAUGAACCUGUGUACUUAUUUGCCCCGGACUCAGUCAACUUAACACUCACCACAAACACAAAAGGCGUCGCCUCGUUUUCAUUGGACACCAGCAACUGGAAGGACCAUGUGAGCCUUAAGGCCAAGUCCAAACUGGUUGAUGACGAUGAGCCGUAUUCACCAAAUAUACAGAGACCCGAAUACAGGGCAGCCUACCAUGGCGUAUCAGCAUUCUACUCAAAGAGUAGUAGUUUUCUGAAGCUCAUGCAGGUCAGCGGUAAGAUCCCCUGUGACAAAGACGCCACGGUUCAAGCUCGGUACAUCAUUCAGGGACAGGAGCUAGAGAAGAGACAAGAGAACUUAGACUUUUUCUACUUGGUGAUGUCUAAAGGAGCAAUUGUGCAGCAUGGUCGUCUUCCAGUGGCUGUUACAGUGGGCACAGUGAAUAAAGGGGAGGUGACCAUCCCCCUCCAUCAAGCGAUCGACCUGGCGCCCUUUGCACAAGUUUUAGUUUAUACUGUGUUGCCUGGUGGCGAAGCUGUGGCAGAUAGCCAAGACUUCCCCAUCCAACUCUGUCUCAAAAACAAGGUUUCUCUUAAGUUCCCGUCCAUCCAGGAGCUUCCAGCAGAGAAAACAACGUUGAAACUCCAGGCUCAGCCUGGCUCUUUGUGCUCUGUUCGAGCCAUUGACCAGAGCAUCCUAUUGCUGCAGUCAGAGAGGGAACUCACAGUUGGCUAUGUGUACAAUCAGCUGCCUCUGCAGAAGCUGUCGGGAUACUCGCACGAAAUUGAAGACUAUGAGCCUUAUCCUUGCUUUCCUGGGCCCAUACCAGAGCCUGAACCUGAGAUGUUGGUGGAUGUCGACGAAGGGAGAAGCAAGCGCUCCCUUUACUUUGAACCAACCACUCAUAAAGAUGACGUUUUCAGCAUCUUCAAAGGGAUUGGAGUCAAGCUUUCGACAAAUUCUGAUGUGAAGAAACCCUACAACUGUCAACGACAUAUAUAUGCUGAUUUGGAGGAAGCGGACUUUGCAGAAUACGACACCCCGGUUUCCAUGGCCUUUAAUGUGAUGCGGGUCCCUGGUAAAGAAAGUGUUGAGAAAACUAAGGAGGAGAAGAAGGAGACCAUAAGGACCUUCUUUCCAGAAACAUGGAUCUGGGACCUCGUUUCUGUUGGAGACAUGGGUACAGUGAAUGUGGAGAAGACCGUCCCAGACACCAUCACCAAGUGGGCCGCUGGAGCUUUCUGCGUCUCGUCUGUGGGCUUCGGCGUGGCGCCCACCACGGCGCUGACAGUCUUCCAGCCCUUCUUCAUCAGUCUCACGCUGCCCUACUCUGUCAUCCGUGGGGAAGUCUUUACUCUCAAAGCCACCGUCUUCAACUAUCUCUCCAAGUGCAUCAUGGUGAAAGUGACACUAGCUCAGUCGGACACGUAUACCUUCAGAAACUGCGACAACUGCCGAUACAGCGUGUGUCUAUGCAGUGAGGAGAGCAGAACCUUCACUUGGAUUGUCACGCCAACCGCACUGGGCAAGAUCGAUCUGAAGGUGAGCGCCGAGGCCAUGAAGACCAGCGUGCUGUGCGGCAAUGAGGUGGCUUCUGUCCCUGACGUGGGCCGCAUUGACACCGUGGUCCGCAGCCUGCUGGUCGAGGCCGAAGGAACGCCCCAGUCAGUCAGUCACAAUGCGCUCCUCUGUCCUGCAGAGGGACCCGUGGAAAAGAACAUCUCUCUUCUUAUGCCAGAAAUGUUUGUUGCUGCAUCUGCCAGAGCCACUGUCUCUGUUCUUGGUGACCUGAUGGGCCGAGCCAUGAAGAACCUGGACCAACUCCUGGCGAUGCCAUAUGGCUGCGGGGAGCAGAACAUGUUGCUCUUUGCCCCCAACAUCUUCAUUCUCAACUACUUGAAAAGCACCGAUCAACUGACUGCUGAGAUUCGGGACAAGGCAACGCGCUUCCUCGAGAGCGGAUACCAAAGGGAGCUCACCUACAAGCAUGACGAUGGCUCCUACAGCGCCUUUGGGAAGAGAGACGCAUCUGGCAACACCUGGCUGACCUCUUUUGUGAUGAAGUCAUUUGGUGGAGCGAAGGAUUACAUCUUUGUCGAUCCCAAGCACAUUUUAGAUGCCAAGAAGUGGUUGUACUCAAAGCAAGGGAGUGACGGCUGCAUCCGAUCCGUGGGGAAACUCUUCCACAAUGGCAUGAAGGGAGGAGUGAGUGACGACGUGUCCCUGACGGCUUACAUCGUUGCCGCCCUGCUGGAAUUGGACUCCGACAUUAAAGAUUCUGUGAUCCAGAGGUGUCUGGGUUGUCUGAAGGAGGCAGCCGGCCAGAUGGACAACUUGUACACCACAGCAUUGAUGUCCUACACCUUCACCCUGGCUCGGGAUGAGGAGACGAGGGUCAAACUCAUCACCUACUUGCACCAGCAGUCCAGUACAAUGGGGGGAACCCGCCACUGGCAACGAGAGGGCGUCUCUGGCACAGGAGUGGAUUCUCUUGAGGUGGAGAUCACCUCCUAUGUGCUGCUGGCGCUGCUCUCUGGGCCCGCCCUGCCAGAUUUUGGGCUGGACUAUAGCUCCGGCAUCGUGCGCUGGCUCACGCAGCAGCAAAAUCCGUAUGGAGGCUUCUCUUCCACGCAGGACACCGUGGUGGCCCUGCAGGCGCUGGCGAAAUACGGUGCUGCCACGUACAGCGUUGGGGGCAAGACGACAGUGACGGUGACGUCAUUAGGAGGUCUGAACAAGGAGUUUAUCGUGGACCAGAGCAAUCGGCUCCUGUACCAGGAGGAGAAGCUGAGCGAUGUCCCCGGAGAAUACACCAUUAAAGCCGAGGGGCAGAGCUGUGUUCUGGCACAGAUCUCCAUGCAUUACAAUAUCCCCCCUCCUCCCGACUUUUCCGCCUUCAACAUCUCUGCCACCAUCAUGUCAAAGUGCAACACCAGCAAGCCGCAGCUCAUCCUCUUUGUCCAUGCCAGUUAUCAGGGCAGGAGGGAGGAGACAAACAUGGUCAUCAUUAAUGUCAAACUCCUGUCUGGACACAUUUUGGAUAAAGGCUCUCUGGAGUCGUUAAGGAACGACAACUCAGUGAAGCGUGUGGACCAGGAUGAAGGUUAUAUCAACAUCUACUUGGAUGGGCUGAAGAAAGGUGAGACGGUGGUUUACAGCAUGACACUGGAGCAGGACGUGCCUGUCAGGAACCUGAAAGCAGCUGUGGUGAAAGUGUACGACUACUACCAGACAAGUGAUGUAGCCGUGACAGAGUACACAUCCUCCUGUGCAGAGAGUGAUGUUCUCAACCAGCUUUAAAUGACCAGAGAGGAGACAACUCAGAUGUUCAUCCAACUUGUAGGCGUGUUUUUUUUCUCCUCUGUUUUGUUUUUAAGGGAAUGCCCAUGAUUGCAAAUGAUGUUCUUUACUCUGUGUUCCUCUCUUUUCAAACUCUGAAUUGAAAUAUUAGUUAUUGCUGCCUCGCCUCAACACUGGAAAUCUUUUAGCAUGUUCAACCAAGAACAUGCUAAACCAAGAAAACCAAGAAAAGUAGACUGUGCUCUGUAACUGGUUUAAAAUGAUUGUCAAAUCCAUGUUUUUCAACUCAAAGUGACCGAUGGUACAUACAAUAACUGCAGAAAAACACAAUAUGCAAUAUGUGUGGUGGUAUGGAGUGUUUUUUUUUAGAAGAAAAAUCUCACCACAGCAGUAACAUAAAAUAAAAUAAAAUGGACAACAAUCAAGAACAUAA